AUGACCAAAGCGUGGAGGGAGAAGAGGGCCUAUAUCACGAGGCUCUACAUCCACGAGAACAAGACCCUGAACCAGGUCAAGGCGAUCAUGGAGGAGGACCACGACUUCAAGGCCUCGACGAGAUCAUACCGCCAACAGUUCGACAAGUGGGGCCUGGCCAAGUACAACUGCAAGAAACGAACUGCGCGUCGCCGGAGCCAAGACAGCGGUGGUCAUCAACAACACCAGCAUCACAGCACCGGCGGCGGCGGCGGAGGAGCAGGAGGAGAAGUAGUAGGAGAAGACAUGGCCUCUGACCUAUACGCCACGGAUCCGGACAUCUGCGGCCAUCCCAUGAGCCCGCAGAGCGUUGGCAGUAGCAGUCUCGGUUCCGAGCCGGCUGUGGACGGCGGCAUGGUUGACAUGAUGGAUCUUUCCGGCGCGACCGCCAACUCGCACGCUCACAGGGCUCCAUACACGGCGGGGAGCUGGCCGCAGCCGCAGCUCCCGUACAUGGAACAGGCCGUCCGACAGCAGCAUCAAAGUGUCUCGUACCCCCAGUACCCCCAGCAACAACAGAUACAACGGCAGCAGCAGCAGCGUCGGCGGCCGUCAUGGGACCAACAGGUGACGGCGCAGAGCCCCUACGGCACGCUGCCCAGCCCGCCCGCGGACCUCCACAGUGGUGGCUUUUCUUACUACGCGGCCAUAUUCCCCGACGAGGACUCGGGCACGUCCCCGAAUGUCGUCCUCCACCCUGAUCUUCGCCGUCAGAACAGCUACGCUCAGCAGCACCAGUACCAGCGGGCGGCGCAUGUGUACUCCUCGGCGCGGGCCCCGGCGCCGAUGAUGCCCGAGAGGCGGGAGAGCGUCCCGUACUACGGCGGCGUUCCCUGUGGUGUCCGUCAGCAGGGUCAGCAGUGA